AUGAAAUCUCUUGCCAUCAUAGCUAUUUCUCUCUUAGCUGCUGUCAAUGCUGCUAAUGUUACCUUCAAGGUCGUCGCCCCUGAUGCAAAGAAACAGGUGCAAGUCCAAGUCGAUGGUAAAUUGGUCAACUUGAAGGCUGCAGAUCCCGAUGUUCCUUAUUACACUGGUACUGCUGAUUUACAAGGCAAGAACUACAAGUAUAUUGUUGAUGGUAAAGCUGAAAACUUUGAUCGUUCUUUCGAUGGUGGCGAUGCUACCAAGAACGAUUACUAUUCUCGUAAAGUCACCUAUGCUACCAACAUCCCCAAGUUGCCCACCGCUCUCAGCGAUGGUGCUUGGGAUAAAGCAGAACGCAAUCACCCUAUUUGGGACGACAACUACAUCCCUACUAUUUUCGUCACUGGUGAUCAAAAUGAUAUGAACGAUUUGAUUGAAAACGUUCCCAAGACCACUUAUAAGACCAAGGUCACUUUCAUUGGUCCUGAUGAUGUGUAUAAGUUUGAGGAUGUCAGCUUGGGUCUUCACAGACCGGGUCGUAAGAACAAUGAUGCCAAGCAAUCUUGGAUCUGGGCUCUUCCCGAAGAUCAAUUCUUGGGCGGCCGCAACUGGUUCAAGCUCAGACACAUGGAAGAAGAUCCUACCCAAUUGCGUGAAAAGCUCUAUGCUGAUAUUGCUGAAAACAUUGGUACCUAUGUCGGUUCUGCCAACAUGGUCCGUCUCUUUGUCAACAAGGAAGGCAUGGGUACCUUCAACAUGCUCGAUGAUAUCCUCAAGUACUCUUACAUCAAUGCUAUGUUCUACGGCGAUGGCUACACCAGCUUCACUCCCAACAUCGAGUCUCCUCUCACCGCUGACGAUAUCGCUCCUUUCUCUGAAGCCCUUGCCAAGGUGGACUUUAAGGAUGAUGCUCAAGUACAAGCGACUGCCCAAUACUUUGACUAUGAUCAAUUCCUUCGUUUGAUGGCCAUGGAAUUCCUCACCGGUAGCUGGGAUGCUUACUGGAUUGAACAGACCAACGAUGGUGCCUACAUUGACCUUGAUGAAAAGAAGUUGUAUUACCUUGCUCAAGAUUUCGAUGCCACUUUCGGUGUCAACCUCGAUGACACCAUUGAUCCCAACCACGAAUUCGGCAAAUCGACUGUCGACGACUGGAUCAAGAAGUUCCCCAAGGCUUGGUUGAUUCAAAAGUACCUCUCCAACCCUACCAUCAAAGCCACCUUUAACCAAUAUGUCCAAGAAAUCCACGAAAAGAUCUUCAACUAUGACACUCUCUCCAAGGUGGUCGAAGCCCGCCACAAUUUCUAUGCUCCUGAUCUCCAAUGGGAUCGUUCCAUCAAGCAAAGAUCUCCCGGUAAUGUCUUUGGUUGGACAUUCCAACAAACCAAGGACAACUUGUAUCAGGGUGUCUCUGCUCCCGGUGGUAGCGGUGGUGGUGCUGCUUACGGUCUUCUCGAAUGGGUCAAGCAAAGAGAUGAAGCUUUAGGCGGCAAUGUGAAGACCUCCAAGAAGGUGGAAGAAGCCACGACUGCUUCUAUGCUCGCUGCUAAGGAAGAUUACGCUACUUCUGGUGCCCUUAAAACAACUGCUCCCAAAAUGCUCGCUGGUUUAGCUGCUGCAGGUGCCGCCGCUGCUCUUCUUUAA